AUGCGCUGGAGAUGGAGCGAGAAAAGAGACAAGUGGGACUCGAGGCGCGGCGCAGCCGUGCGGCGCGACCUGCUCCGGGACCCGUGCAACGCGACCCGUGCAACGCGACUUCCCCGUCCGUUCGUGCCGCGUGACACCCACCUUCUCCUUCGUGCCGCGCGACGCCCUCCCCCGGCCGUUGUUGUCGGUGCCUCUCGCCCAUUGCGCUGCUCUUAUCGCGCGCGCCGCCGCUGCGGCGCCCGCGGCCUGCUACGCCCACCGUAUAGCGUAUGUAGCUCUAAACGACGCGUAUGUACCGCCCAUAACGAGCUCCGGCCCACGUGUGGGCGCCCUUAUCUCACUGUGGCGGUUUCUCCAAUCUGUCUCAAUCUGCGGCGCCAGGCGCCUGGCGCCUGCGUCGCGCUCGCUUAUCUCCGGCCCGCGGCUCCGGCCGCAGGCCCUUACUAUUCCGCUUUGGGAACGGUCCCCGUUGGGCAGUGGAUUUUCACACCGCGUCCGCCCGACGCGCACAGGCUGUUCGAGCAGACACCUGCGGUUGCCUGUAGCCGAUCUCUGUUUUGCCACACAUGUGCCGAGUUUACUGUCGUCACGGUGUGCAGGGUGGCCUGCACACCCACGCAGCGGGUGUGUGCGUGUAUGUCCGAUGGCAGCUCGCCGUGUGGGUCCGUGUUCGCGUUUCCUUCGGUUUCCCUCGUCCUUCUCCCUUUCGUGCCCGCGCCCUUCGCCGGACCGCACGCGACGCAUAAACGUCGCAUAAAACCCGCCGCCGCCCGCCGCGAUUGUUCCUCCUACAAACGCCUGGGGGCCCGUGCAUGA